GGAAUCAUUUUAUUUCCUGAUUAAAGUGAAAUAAAGAUCCAUUCAUACAUUCAUACAUCAGGAACUACUUUUUGUGACUAAAGGACACUGAGGGACAUUUUUAUUAACAUUAAGCUGAACUUUAUAGUGAGUUUUAUAAAAGCUGAAUGAGAUCAGGACCUGCAGUCUUCUCUGAAACCUCCUGAUCUAAACACUCCUCGUUUGGUUUGUCUGGUCUGAACGUCAGAAAUAAAAAAAAUCUUCCACAUUCCACAGUGGAAGACUUUGUGUUUGCGUGAGAUAAAGUAAGCGGAGGGGACAAAGGUCAAGUGCAAAGGUCACCCAGAGGUGUGUUUGUGUGAGUUUGUACCUGCAGAAGGCAGGAAGCAUGUGGUGCGGCGCCGGCUAAAACUCCAGAGGCAGGACGCUGAGGACGAGGGUUGCUGAGUAGAUGUGAUGGUUUUCCUCAGACGGACGCUGCUGCUUCGCUACCUGCUGCUGUCGACCACACUGGCUCUUCUCCUCUUCAUCAGCUCCUUUUGGCUCCCUCAGGGCGAACAAAGAGACUGUGGCUCAGUGUGGCAGCCAUGUUGGACUCACUACAGCCACACGCCACCGCACCCACUCAUCGUGGGUGGAUGGGCGGAGUCAGAAGAAGACGCGCCCUUUAUAAAAGAAUGCCCUGGACAGUCGUUCCAGGCCCGGAAGCUGCUACAUUACCUCAGGUCCAGUCUGGCUAAAGACGGCGAGGACAUCCUGCUGGAGCCGUACCUCCUCAGCUGGGACCAGCUACUCAAUUUCAUGGAGUCUCUAGGAACGAUGGUCAGUUUUUUUUCUCAGAAAGUGAGAGAGAAGACAGAACUGAUCCGAGAGCUGUCCCUGAAGCACAGUUCAGAGUUUAAUGGGAAAUCAGCCGGUUCCUCUGGACUACAAAACCCAGCAGCAUUUGGGUUAAACACUGGGGCGUAUCGAUCGGUUCGCUCCAUGGUGGAGGUGGAGCUGAAAGAGGGCCGGGUCAACUUCUCGUACCGUACAGACUCCGGCUGCAGAACGCUGCUAAGGCUGCAUCGGUCCCUGCUCUGGCUGAAGAUGAUGCUAGAGGGUUUGUCCGAAGGACCAGACUCUGGGGGACGAUACAAAACUCCUGGAGAGCUCAGCAGAGACGCCUAUCGGGUAGCGUUGGCCCCCCAUCAUCCCUGGGUUCUCCGUCAGGCCGCAGAGAUCGUCUUCCCCCUUCUUCCUGACAGGGAGUACUUCCUGCAGCUGGUGUGUGUGCAGAAGCAGGAGGAGGCCGCGCCCGUGCUGCGCAUCAUCAUCCAUGCCCUGUCGGUGGUGCACACACGAACUCAGCGAAUCCUAGAGGAGUACAACAUGUUGGAGCUGCCCUGAACAAACAGCAGAGUCCUUUGACAGUGGAGACCAAGCGGGGAAAAAGCAGAGGAAACUAACAGCAACUUGGAUCCAAGAACUGGUUUUUAUACUACAGAGUAUGGCUGAGUUUUGUAGCUCCAAAAAGGGGCGGACACUGAUAAAAAGUGUUUGUUUGGUGCUUCUUUAGCAAAUUUUGUUACCAAAAUAAAAGAUACCGCCUCAAAAA